AUGGCAACUGAUAAUGAACAUAAAGAGGAUGCAGCUAUUUUAAAAGAUAGCGGUGAAGACAAACAACUUUUGCCACAAAAACAAGUUCAGAUAAUUGAUCCAGUAAAGGCAGUAAAUUCAUUGGGAGAAUGUUGCGAAAAAGAUCCAGCUGAACAACGAAUUAGUUUAAAAGCUUAUCGCCGUCGAUGGAUCGUUUUGUUUGUGGUAGCUUUAUUAAAUAAUUUAAAUACAAUGCUCUGGAUUGCUUUUUCACCAAUUUCCAAUCAUGUCGACACCUUUUAUGGACGUAAUUCAACAAUAUAUUUUUCUGCUGUUUAUAUUUUUGUAACGAUUCCGAUUGGGAUUUUUGCAAUGUGGGCAGGCGGAUAUUUUGGUUUUUUUAUCAUUUUUCUAAUAAUAUUUUGUGUUUUUUUAUGUCUGAAAUAUUCAAUUUUAAUUGCUGCUUGGGCAAAUGGAAUUGGGGCAUUUAUUCGUUUAGCAAGCUCUUGCCUAUCCUUUUAUUAUGUCGCGGCAGCUUGGUUUCCUGAUAAUCAACGUACUUUGGCAACUACAAUUGGAGUUAUGUCAAAUCCUCUAGGUGUUCUCUUGGCUAAUUUAAUUAGUCCGAUGAUUGUUGGAAGUUGUGAACAUGUCAAAAUUUUAAAUAUACUUUUUUCUGUUCCCAGCAUUAUUUUAACGGUUGUUGCUUCUGUGGCAAUUACGAGUUCCGAACCAAAAAUUCCACCAACAUUAAGUGCCAGUAAACCAAGUUAUCCAUUUAUUGAAGGAAUUAAAAAAUGUUUUACAAGUAAACAAUAUUUGGUUCUUCUUUUGGUUAUGGGAGGAGGUAUUGGAAUGUUUAAUGCCUUAUAUACUUUAAUGCAACAGCUUUUAUGUCCAUCUGGUUAUUCAAAUCAAUUUAGUGGUUUUACUUCUGCUUUAUUAAUUACUGGAGGUGUUGUUGGUGCAACUGGAGCAAGUUUUGUUGUUGAUAGAACAAAACUUUAUGUUGAAACAAUGAAAGUUUCUAUGGCUGUAGCUGUUGGAUUUGGACUUGUAUUUCUUCAGUUAAUACUUCAUCGUGAAAUGGAUAUUUGGAUUCUUUUGGCCUGUUUCAUUUUUGGUGUCUUCGGUUUAGCUGCUUAUCCAGUUGGAUUACAACUUUCGGCAGAAUGUACUUAUCCAGUCUCCGAAACAACAUCAACAGGUCUGGUUGUGUUAAGUGGACAAAUUCAGACAAUUAUUUAUUUAUCUGUUAUGAAAACAUUGGCUACACCAUUACAAUUAUUAUAUCGAAAAUAUGAGGUGUGUACUUUACUUAAAGUGGCGGAACACGAUCAUUUAUCUUCUAUUCCACCUACUUGUGGACAUGGAAAUAUUUCAAUUAAUGUAGCUGACAAUGAACAGACUGUUGAACCGAUGGAUUUUACUCUUUCAGUUAUUGUUAUGUCAAUGAUAGCCGCUUUUAUCGUUUUAAUUUUACUUUUAUUAUUCCGUCCAAAACUGCGACGAAUGGAAAUGGAAAAUGUUUUGCUUAAUGCAGAUUCAGGAAAAGAAUUAGAAGUUGGAGUUAAAAUUGAAGAAGAAAAAGUAAAUUUAAAAAUAAUUACUCCUGACGGAGUACAAAAUACGAAUGAAAAUUAG